AUUUGAUCCCUCCACGAAGACCCAACCCAAGUGGCACACCCCUCUCUUUCGCUCUCUCAACAAUCGCAGAUUUUUCAUUUUUCUCCCACUUUUCUUGUAUCUCACUCUCACUCUCAACUCUCAGAUCUUCUUUACAUUUCCAUGCUUUAGUUAUUUUCUCGGAGGAAUAGAGAGGCAGAGCAACUAAGGGUUGUGUUGCCCCUUUUCAGAAAUUGUUGUAUUAAUACCAAAAAGUAUGUGCAUUGGAUAAUGGGUCUAUGAAAAUAACUCAAAAAAUUGUUACUUUCAACGCAAUUGUGGUUGCUGAUUCUCGUGCAGCAAGGAGCUCUUUCAUUUUGAAAAUGGGGCUCUGAUGUCUGGAAAACGAGAAAUGGAGAUGGAGAAAAAACGUUCCAAAGGAAGCUUCCUCAGCUUGUUUGAUUGGAACUCCAAAUCUCGAAAGAAGCUGGUCUGGAACGAUCCUGAGGUUCCAAAGCAAGGGAAGGAAAAUGUGGAGAACUUACCGAAGUCACAGCUCACUAGGAAAAAGGUGGAUGAAAUUGGAGAAAGUCCAAGUAACAUUCAAAGUUGUGAUUUCGACAGCACCCUUUCAAUUUGUAGUGAUGAAGGAUGUGGGAGUAAAGCCCCUGGGUUAGUAGCAAGACUCAUGGGUUUGGACUUGUUGCCAGCUGCGGCAGUCACUGAGCUCUCCUGCACUUCAUUGUAUGGCUCUAAAUCUCAUGGAGCUUCUCAUUGUAAUGAGGGUGCUCUUCACUCAGCGGAUGACUUUUGCCCUGCAGACUACAUAAACACACUGCUUAAGCCAGAGAAGUCUUCUUUGGAUGCCAUGGAAUCAAGGGCACGAAAAGUGGAAAGCCUUCCAAUAAAGAGAUUUCAAACUGAAAUGUUGCCUCCAAAGUCAGCUAAAACCAUUCCAGUUACUCACAAUAAACUGUUGUCUCCUAUCAAGAGUCCUAGUAUUCUGCCACCAAAAAAUGCAGAUCACGUAAUGGAGGCAGCUGCUAAGAUAAUUGAGGCAAGCCCUCGGCCAUAUUUGAGGAAUAGAACAACAUCAACCGAGCCUUCAUCUGUUCCCUUGAGAAUUCUCAAUUUGAAAGAGAGAUUUGAAGCUGCACAAUAUGCAUCCAUGCCUGGAAAGCUUGUGAAUCUGAGCAAUGCCUAUCCUGCAAAUGGCAGGCUUAGUGAGAGGAACAGUAAUUUGUAUAAAUGCACUUCAGCAGUCAAGGGUUCAAGAGGUUCAGAAAAGAAUAGUUCUUGCCAUUUAGCCAGUAAAGGAAAAUCAGUUUCACUUACAGCCAAAAACAAUGCUCAUAGUAGAGAUACAUUGAUUUCAAAUGAUGAUAUUCCAUGCAUGAAACAGAAAGAGAAGAAUGAGAUAAAGUCAAAUCAACUCUCAAGGAGCCACAAACCUAGUACACAAAAAACUAUGCAGCAGAGGCCUUGCUCAAGCCGGAAUAGCAAUGUGCUUGGGCAGAACAAUCAAAAGCAAAAUAGCAUGACUGCCAAGGGUAAAUCAACUUCAAAAAUAGAUUCUAAUAAGCUAACAACACGAGCUUCAUCUUCAGAAACUUCUGGAAUAAGGAAGACAACGAACAAGGGUACUAUAACUGCAAAUAUUCAACCUAAAAGGUCAAGCACUAGGGCAACUGACAACCAAAAGCAGUUUUCAAGAUCCAAAACAGUGAGUAUUUCCCAGAAGAAAAAGAUUAGCAAAGAUGUUCAUGAGGGAAGAGGUCCUGAUAAUGCAGUAAAUAAUUUUGGAAGUAAGUCCAUUAAAUGCAAUUUUACGACGGAUGGAAGUUUUGAUCAGGAUGCAUUUAACAUGAUAGAAAGCAAGGAUGUUAUUUCAUUUACAUUUACAUCUCCCUUGAGGAGAACUAUGCCUGAGUCAUCAUCCUCUACCGAGCAAGUGAUGGGAACCAGAAAUAGAAUUGAUGUCAACUCUCUUGGGCAUAGUGAUAAUCUUUAUCCCAAAAAAUUAUCAUUAUCUCCGCCAGGGCAACCUAUGAUAGAUAGUGAUGCUUUAAGUGUCCUGUUGGACAAAAAGCUGCAAGAAUUGGCAUCUAGAAUUAACUUACCUCAAUGUACCUUGGCCAGAGAGGGGUCUUCUACUGGUUUGAGAUCUAGUGUGCAAGAUCAAGUUCCCAGUGUGUCAAGCACCACGCCUAAGGAACAAAACAAAAGCUUUUGCAGUGACCUGUCUAGUGAUAAACUGGAUAGCAUGCAUAACUCUCAUUAUUGUUCAAGUGAUGAUCCAGUGCUUAACAUGAAUCAGCAACUGCAGACAUCAGAAGUAAGUGAAGAUCCUAGCUGCAGUAGCAACAGUGAAAGAGGAAAUGAUCUAGUUUGUUGGCAUUCCACUGCUGUUGCAGGUUUUGAAACUCCUUUUGUCUGCGAAAGUUACUUGGAUAGUGAAGACAGUGCAUAUGGCAGCACAGUUUAUUCAUCCACACAAGAUGAAGAAGUAUCUAGUUUUUCCCAGAUAAGCGAACCUGUAUCACUUGAAAGUGAGGUGAAAGGGUCAGAGGAAAGCUCUUCCCCAUUGGGGGGCGGAAAAAUGACCAUCAAACAAAUAAGUGAAAUAUCAAAUUCUGUUGAUUUUAAAAGAUCAAGGAACACGGUACUUGAAUACGUACAUGAUAUUCUUUGCAAUGCAGAGUUCAUGGCAGAAGAAUUUGUCAUGGGUCAAACAAGUGCACUCAUAAUGCCAAAUGUCUUUGAUCUGUUGGAGAAUCAGCAUUAUGGAACAGAAAAUUUCGGAGAAGAGUACUCUAUGCUUGAAAGGAAGGCUAUAUUUGACUGUGCGAGUGAGUUGCUGGAGUUGAGAUGUAAGGAAGCUUUUGUUGGAACAUGCAAAGCAUGGUCUGGAUGGAUGAUGUUAAUUCAGAGGAAGAGCUGGAUGGCAGAGGAACUGUACAAGGAAUUGCUGGGUUUUAGAAGCAUGGAAGAGGUAAUGGUGGAUGAGCUUGUCACCAAGGACAUGAGCUCUGGAUGUGGGAAAUGGCUUGACUUUGAUGUUGAAGCAUUUGAAGAGGGUUUAGAGAUUGAGGGGGACAUACUAUCUCAUUUGAUUAAUGAAUUGGUUUCAGAUUUGUUACUUGUCUAAACCCCUCCCUAAGUGGCUUCCAUUUUUUGCAAUGUAUAUCAUGAGUGUGAACAAAAGGAUUGGUAUCAUUAAAAUUCUUAAAAAGAAACGCGGAAGCGUCCGUAGAAUAUAAUUUAAUCAAAUCCCCUUUAGUGUUUUCCAUUUUACAGUAAUAUUUUUAUGACUUUUUAGCAGUAGAAUUCCUGUUGAAUGGUGAGUGUUAUUGCAUUGGAAAAUUUAUAUGCUGAAAGUUAAUGAAGUUCCCUUUUCAGA